GAAUUUUUUUCUUUCAUUUCCCUCCCCGACGGACGACGAGUGGUUCGAUCGUUUGGUCACGUCACCUUUUUAUCCGUGUAAUGUCUGAUUUUUGCAUCCCACAUGCUUAGGGGUAACCGAAUUAAGAAGAAAUUAAAGAAUCCCCGCACCAGAAGAAAAGUACGAGCAAUAGCAGACGUAAAUGUGAAUUAGAAACUUAGAAAGUGUGAACAUAGUCUCGAGGUGUACGGUCCGUCCGGUUCGAUCUGGUUUUUAGCAGUUUGAUCCGCGAGUCGGGCUCCCUUACCCCAUAUUCCUUUACUUAGAAGUUUAUUUGUGUGUUAUAAAGACUUUAUUUUACAUAUUCUUAGUGUUUUGUGGUGAAUUAGUUAAUAAAACCGAAGCAAAAUGUCUGAGGAGUCGUCAGCAGAUCGCAAUGUCGAGAUUUGGAAGAUCAAGAAACUCAUCAAAAGCCUGGAAAUGGCGAGAGGGAACGGCACAUCCAUGAUAUCGCUCAUCAUUCCGCCCAAGGACCAGAUCUCCCGGGUCUCCAAGAUGUUGGCCGAUGAGUUCGGCACAGCGUCCAACAUCAAGUCAAGAGUCAACCGUCUCUCGGUGCUCGGAGCCAUCACUUCUGUGCAGCAUCGACUGAAGUUGUACACUAAAGUUCCCCCAAACGGCCUGGUAAUCUACUGCGGUACCAUCGUGACCGAAGAAGGCAAGGAAAAGAAGGUCAACAUUGACUUCGAACCAUUCAAGCCGAUCAACACCUCACUAUACCUCUGCGAUAACAAGUUCCACACUGAAGCGCUGACCGCACUGUUGGCCGAUGACAACAAGUUUGGAUUCAUCGUUAUGGAUGGUAACGGAGCACUGUUUGGUACGCUGCAGGGUAAUACCAGAGAGGUCCUCCACAAGUUCACCGUAGAUCUGCCGAAGAAGCACGGCCGUGGUGGUCAAUCAGCUCUACGUUUCGCGCGUCUCCGAAUGGAGAAGCGUCACAACUACGUGCGGAAGGUGGCCGAGGUGGCCACGCAGCUGUUCAUCAGCGCCGACCGGCCCAAUGUGGCUGGACUGAUCCUGGCUGGUUCGGCCGAUUUCAAGACCGAGCUGUCGCAGUCCGAUAUGUUUGAUCCGAGGUUGCAAGCCAAGAUCAUCAAGCUGGUGGACGUAUCCUACGGAGGCGAGAACGGCUUCAACCAAGCCAUCGAGCUCGCGGCCGAGUCGCUGCAGAACGUCAAGUUUAUUCAGGAGAAGAAACUCAUCGGCAGAUACUUCGAUGAGAUCUCACAGGAUACGGGCAAGUACUGCUUCGGAGUCGACGAUACACUGCGAGCGUUGGAACUGGGCGCCGUUGAGACGCUCAUCUGCUGGGAGAACCUCGAUAUUCAGAGAUACGUACUAAAGUCGCACGCCACCAACCAGGAGACCAUCCUGCAUCUCACCCCCGAGCAGGAGAAAGACAAGUCACACUUCACCGACAAAGAG